UACCGUUCACUCCACUGGACUUUGGAGAUACAGAGGGUGGUCGCUCAUUGCGUUGUAGRGAAACAAGAAAAUAAAACAUCGAAAGGUGGAAGCUCGUAGUGAAGUUGGCACUGCUGCGACUGGAAACGCGUUGGACGUCUGUUUGUUUUAAGUGACCCUUCAACCAAGAGAUGAAUUUCGAACAGCCCCCUCCAUACCCAGGCAAUGCCCCAACAGCUCCAGGCUACCCGGCUCAGGGCCCACCUCCCCAAGGCUACCCGCCUCAAGGCUAUCCUCCCCAGGGCUAUCCUGUGAACAUGGAGCAACCCAAUCCAGCAUACCCUAACUACCCUCCUGGACCAAUGGGACCCGGAGGUCCUUAUCCUGGUCCUGGACAGCCUCCWUAUGGAUAUCCUGGUCAACCACAGUACGCCUGGCAGGGCGGACCCCCUCCUGGGCCUAUGUAUGGAGAAGCACCAAAAAACACAG